AUGGCAGAUUUAGAGCGGUGCAGCGCUCACUUUUUUAAUACACGGUAUGUUUUCUUCCCUAGUAUUCCGCGACCCGCUUUCCAAGGUGACUGGGGCCCUGAGCCUGAGGACUGGCACGAGAAGAGAAUGUGGGCACGGCUCAGAGCAGACGCGGAGGGCAAGAACAACAUUGGUGGAGACAGAAAUCAUAAUGUAAAUGUUGUUAGGGACGAUCAUGUCAAGGACAACACCAGGGUUGUAGGAGAAGACAAGGGCGGCGGUGAUACAACGACUACGGGCUCAGAUAAGGACUUCCCACCUAAAGACUCAAAUACACGUACGACAAGUACUACUACUCAGUUGCGUGCUGCCUGUGCCGGAAAGAGUAGCAGCAGUCCUAGAAUCAUUCGUGAACUCACGUUGCCGACUUGGUCCGAACGAACCGCAAAGCAAAAAAUGCUUUUGCCAAAUAGCCUGUGACGAAGCCGAACGCUUCUCGGGAAGAGAUUCCUACACUCUUCCACCCGGGAAUAAAAGCCGCUUAGUUCUAAGGCCACAAGAAAGCUGUCUUCACAGAUAUCUCGGUCCUCCUGUUUUUGAACAGAUUAUAUAGCUCCUGUAUUGAGGACGAGCAGGAUAAACGUAAAUAUACUGGAGAUACUUCUCCUAUCCACCUCGAUCGCAGCGAUUUCAGCAAUAGCAC